AUGCCCAACAACAAAUUUCUCUUACUGACCCUCGCUCUCUUGGCACUUCUCUUCAUCACAGGUUUCUUGUCGACCACAUCACACUCCGUCGUCAAUGCCGAAUCUGUAGAAACUCUCUUUGAAGGAUCUACCGAAGAAAUGAAUUUAGAUUCUCUUUCGAGUGUUGACGAGAGUUCAUCAUCCACCGAAUCAGCAGCAACAACCGAACAACAAGAAUCGGAAGAGGAUGAAGAAGAAAUUGCAGCUGAAACAUUGAGUGACGAAGGAGAAGUGUUGGACACAUUGGAUUCUCUUCCAACCGAUGAAAGUGCUAAUUUUGAAAAUGUGGAUGAAGACAUGAUGGAAGAUUUUGGAGAAGAUGAUGAAGACGUUAAUGAAGGAGAAGCUUAUUAA